CGCGGUGACUGCUUCAUCUCCAUGUACACACGCUGAAUAGAAGAAAAAAAUUGUUUUCGUCUGGAUUUCGGUGAAAAUAAAUCAUUUAUUCCAAUUCGCAACAGUACUUUCACACUAGAGAGCCAUGGAGACGCUUCUGGAGCAGCAGCGGCGCUACCAUGAGGAGCGCGAACGCCUGGUCAAGCUGAUGGUAGACGAGCACGCCACGAAGAAGCCGGGCGAGAAGGAGCGCAUCCACUCGGAGCACCGGCUCAAGUACCUCAUGGAGCUGCACCACAACGCCACCGCCCAAUUGCGCGACCUGUACGAGGACAAGGACAACGAGCGCAAGGCGGAGAUUGCCGCCUUGUCGGGACCCAAUGAGUUCAAUGAGUUCUAUGCCCGCCUCAAGCAGAUCAAGCAGUUCUACAAGUCGCAUCCCGCCGAGGUGAGCGUGCCGCUGUCCGUCGAGUUCGACGAGAUGAUUCGCGUGUACAACAAUCCGGACGACAUGAGCGCCCUAGUGGAGUUUACUGACGAGGAGGGCGGAGGCCGUUAUCUGGACCUCAACGAGUGCUACGAACUCUAUUUGAACCUGCGCGCCGUAGAGAAACUGGACUACAUCACCUACUUGAUGUCUUUCGACCACGUUUUUGACAUACCGCGCGAGAGAAAGAACCGAGAGUACCGGAAGUACUUGGAAACCCUCAACGAUUAUCUGCACCACUUCAUCCUGCGAAUUCAGCCGCUACUGGACUUGGAGGGGGAGUUGCUAAAGGUAGAGCUUGAUUUCCAGAGACAAUGGCUGCUUGGCGUCUUUCCCGGCUGGUCACUCAAGGAGACAGAGUCGGCGUUGGCCAACACUGGCGCUCACCUCGAUCUCUCCGCCUUCUCCAGCUGGGAGGAGCUGGCAUCGCUGGGAUUAGAUCGUCUCAAGUCCGCCCUGGUGGCCUUGGGGUUGAAGUGUGGCGGCACACUAGAGGAGCGUGCCCAGCGGCUGUUUUCGACGAAAGGCAAGAGCACUCUGGAUCCCGCACUGAUGGCAAAAAAACCCAGCGCCAAGUCUGCCAGCGCUCAGUCACGUGAAGGCGAGCGUCACAAGGAGAUUGCUCAGCUGGAGGCUUUACUGUACAAGUACGCUGAGCUCUUGUCUGAGCAGCGGGCAGCCACAAAGGAGAAUGUGCAGCGGAAGCAGGCUCGGACCGGCGGCGAGCGGGACGACAGCGAUGUGGAGGCCAGCGAGUCGGACAACGACGACGACCCCGAUGCCGACGAUGUGCCCUACAAUCCCAAAAAUUUGCCACUUGGCUGGGACGGCAAACCAAUACCCUAUUGGCUGUACAAGCUGCACGGCCUGAACAUCAGUUACAAUUGCGAGAUCUGUGGCAAUUUCACGUACAAGGGUCCCAAAGCCUUCCAGCGACAUUUCGCUGAGUGGCGUCAUGCGCACGGCAUGCGAUGCCUGGGUAUUCCCAACACCGCCCACUUCGCCAACGUUACCCAGAUCGAGGACGCGAUAACGCUGUGGGAAAAACUCAAGUCGCAGAAGCAAAGCGAGCGCUGGAUAGCCGAUCAGGAGGAGGAGUUCGAGGACUCGUUGGGCAACGUGGUCAACCGUAAAACAUUUGAGGAUCUGAAGCGCCAGGGACUGCUCUAGAGUGUAGAUUUAGUAGCUGUUGGGUGCAGCGUAGUAUAUGGACAAUUUAAAUUCACUAUUCUGUAAAUCCAACCCAUAAAGUUUGAAGUCACCCAUUUAUAAAAUAAAAGUCUUAUCUAAAACCAUA